ACUUCUGCACUCUUUCACGUAGUCGCUUUCCCCUAAGUCCUGACUUUUCCUGGAGGUCGCACCGGGUGAGGGCCCGUCUCGCUGCUGGCUUGCCGCGGCAGUGACGUACAAGGUAGAACACUAAGGUCAAAGGUCAGCUCCAGCAAAGAAACACCCCUUCAACGCUUAACGGGGGGAAUCGGGGACGCGGGGCUUUGUGCCCCGGAAGCGGAAGUGUGUUUUCACGGAGGGCUGAACCCCGCCGAGUGAUGACGUCUCCUCAUUGGGCGGAAGGUUCGGUGGCAGUCGUCGGUGUUCCAGCUGGUGGGAGUUGGCUUCACUGUGUUGGGCGCUGGGCCCCAAGUUCCUGGAGCUGGGAAGUUGGGCUGCGGGGUCCGUCCCUGUCCUUCUGCUUCCAGCGUUCCUGGGUUUCCUUCUGCGGCGUGGGGCCUCGCCCAGGACUCGCCGGCCCUGUGGGGCCACGGCUUUAGCGGUGCCUUUCGCGAGUUCUCAUAAGUACAUCUUAAAACCUUCAAGAUGGUUCUAGCAGAUCUUGGAAGAAAAAUAACAUCAGCAUUACGCUCAUUGAGCAAUGCCACCAUUAUCAAUGAAGAGGUAUUAAAUGCUAUGCUGAAAGAAGUAUGUACAGCAUUAUUGGAAGCAGAUGUUAAUAUUAAACUAGUGAAGCAACUAAGAGAAAAUGUUAAGUCUGCAAUUGAUCUUGAAGAGAUGGCAUCUGGACUGAACAAAAGAAAAAUGAUUCAGCAUGCUGUAUUUAAAGAACUUGUAAAGCUUGUAGACCCUGGAGUUAAAGCGUGGACACCGACUAAGGGAAAGCAAAAUGUGAUCAUGUUUGUUGGAUUGCAAGGGAGUGGUAAAACAACAACGUGUUCAAAGUUAGCAUAUUAUUACCAGAGGAAAGGUUGGAAGACCUGUUUGAUAUGUGCAGAUACAUUCAGAGCAGGAGCCUUUGACCAGCUAAAACAGAAUGCCACCAAAGCAAGAAUUCCGUUCUAUGGAAGCUAUACUGAAAUGGAUCCUGUCAUCAUUGCUUCUGAAGGAGUGGAAAAAUUCAAAAAUGAAAAUUUUGAAAUUAUUAUUGUUGAUACAAGUGGUCGUCACAAACAAGAAGAUUCUUUGUUUGAAGAAAUGCUUCAAGUUUCUAAUGCUAUACAACCUGAUAACAUUGUUUAUGUGAUGGAUGCUUCCAUCGGACAGGCUUGUGAGGCCCAGGCGAAGGCCUUUAAAGAUAAAGUAGAUGUAGCUUCAGUAAUAGUGACAAAACUUGACGGUCAUGCAAAAGGAGGUGGUGCUCUUAGUGCAGUUGCUGCCACAAAAAGUCCAAUUAUUUUCAUUGGUACAGGGGAACAUAUAGAUGAUUUUGAACCUUUCAAAACACAACCUUUCAUCAGCAAACUCCUUGGAAUGGGUGACAUUGAAGGACUAAUUGAUAAAGUCAAUGAAUUGAAGUUGGAUGAUAACGAGGCACUCAUAGAGAAGUUGAAGCACGGUCAGUUUACAUUGCGAGACAUGUAUGAACAGUUCCAGAAUAUUAUGAAAAUGGGCCCAUUCAGUCAGAUCUUGGGGAUGAUUCCUGGCUUUGGCACAGAUUUUAUGAGCAAAGGGAAUGAGCAGGAGUCAAUGGCAAGGCUGAAGAAACUGAUGACAAUCAUGGACAGUAUGAAUGAUCAAGAACUGGACAGUACAGAUGGUGCCAAGGUUUUCAGUAAGCAACCAGGCAGAAUCCAAAGAGUUGCCCGGGGAUCAGGUGUGUCAACAAGAGAUGUUCAAGAACUUCUGACCCAGUAUACCAAGUUUGCACAGAUGGUCAAAAAGAUGGGAGGUAUCAAAGGACUUUUCAAAGGUGGUGAUAUGUCUAAGAAUGUGAGUCAGUCACAGAUGGCAAAAUUAAAUCAACAAAUGGCCAAAAUGAUGGACCCACGAGUUCUUCAUCACAUGGGUGGCAUGGCCGGCCUUCAGUCAAUGAUGCGGCAGUUUCAGCAGGGUGCUGCUGGCAACAUGAAAGGCAUGAUGGGAUUCAAUAACAUGUAAAGAUGCCCCCUUACUAGGAAUGGACAUGGUGGAUGAUGUCAUCUGCCGAGACCUCACACUUUCUCUCCCUCUUGCAAACGGGGAAGAAGGAUAUUCUUGCCUGUCUUGCCUUCAUUCUUUUGUCUCACCGUUUUCCUUGUCUCCCUUCCCUUCUGAUGUUCGGGAAGAGUGCCUGGUUUUUGUGGAAGUCAUCAUUUCUGCUUUAAAUCUAUUAGUUUUCAACGUCAUAACACUUCUUAAGUUAAACAAAUCAUGAUGUAAAAUUAUAGUACUUAAAGGUUUUUAAUUGUCUCAAAGGCCAAGCGUUAGAUUUAUAAACAGUUGCAAUCAGUAAAUUACAUGAUAUUGAAGAAAAGUGCUACAAAAUAAACUUCAAGUGAUAAGUUAAAGGGUUCAUUAACUUUCUUUAUGGUUUGAUGUGGUCAGCUUACCACCUAGAAAAUAGGCAAAAAGCCAGCAGGUACAUAUAAAGGGAUAUAUGGUAGAAUGGUUUAAUCAUGAGUAUUAAAAAAAUGUUACUUAUUUUAGGAUAAAAUAACUUUAUUCCAAGAAACUUUAGCUUUGCCAUUUAAAAUUGAAAUCAAGAAUUUGGUUAUAGUUCAUAAUGUAUGAUGUUUUGUAUCAAACUUAAAUUUUUUACAUAUUUUGGAGUCUCGUGGUCCUGAUUGUUUUUAAAGCCAUUUUUAUGUUUCUUACAUACUAUUGAAAAAUGAUAUGUUUUGAUAAUAGAUAAUACAUAAAUUUGCUAAUGGAAAGUAAUACUAAAUUAUUAGACUACAUUAUUACAUAUUAAAAAUAA